CCCGUUCAUCCGCCGUACAUUUUUUUCGAACGGUUACCGGUGCGCACAUGCGAUUUUAUCACUAUGAUAAUUCUGUAGACACUUUACGAGUGCAAUGUGCAUAGUGGUACAAUCGUCUAGACGACUCCGACGUUUGUUUUCUUCCGCCGAGGAAAUUAUGUCUCAUAAUUCAAAAUAUUAUGUUAGAAGACUGACGAAACAAAAAUCUGAAUCACUCCCAAAAUAAAUUCAUUUUUGAAAGCCAUUGCCAAUGGAAAUGCUCCGAAGGUCACUCGUAAUCCAGCCACUGUUGUUCAAAACGAUAAUCCUGUCCUUAGUAAUGUCACUGACAGCGUGACUGUCAGACCGUCACCAGAUCCAUGCUGUUCUCAAAGUCCGUUGCCAGAGCCUUGUAGUCGAUCUGAGAGUGUUCCAUGUAGCCAGACUGCAUGUAGCAGUCAGUCAGCAAGUCCGUCCCUUUCUGUCUCCGAGCCUUGUCAGGAUGUGUUAGUACCAGAUCAGAGAAAGUUUGCACCGGUCAAGUAUGAACAACAGCAUAACUGGUUAUUCUAUUCAACAGUGAAAAAUGGUUACAUGUGUAAACAUUGUGAAUUGUUUGGUACAACUGCUGCUGCUGACAAACCAUUUGUAAAAAGGGGUGUCCAGCUUGGGACACACCCUACAAGAAAACUUCUAUCACACUCGAACAGUAAAUAUCACAAAUUUUCUGUGGAACGAUAUACAUUGGCGAAAUCGAGCAUUAAUGUAUACCGUCAAUUACAAAUAAAAGAUGCACAUAAAAAGGCUAGUAAUAGAUCUGCACUUAAAAAGAUUUUCAAGUGUUUGGACUUUGUUAUUAAGCAGAAAUGGGCAGUUACAGAGAAUGCUGAGAAGUUCAUCAAGUUUGUUGCUAAUAUUGGUGUGGUAGAUCUUCAAGCAUUCUUGUCAAGCUCUAGUGUCACAUACCUGUCAUCUUCCAGCAUUACAGAAAUGGUCAUGUGCCUCUCUGACUACCUAGAGAGGGAAGUUCUCACUGACCUAAGUGGCAAGGAAUUCUCAUUAUUGGCAGAUGAAAGCUCGGACAUUAGUAAUCGCAGCCAGAUGAGUGUGAUGAUAAGAUGUGGUAGUGCCGAUGGAAUAGAAAGUGUUAGAACAUUCUUUAUGGGGUUUGUUCAACUUGAAAAAGGGACGGCUGAAUGCAUCACAAAUUCACUUGAGACGUUCCUUUUGGGAAAGAACAUCAAUGUUGCAAACAUCCGUUUCUCAGGAUUUGAUGGAUGCAAUACCAUGUCUGGUGUGCAGAAAGGAGUACAACGAAGGGUUCAACAUGUGAGUCCAUUUUCAGUGUACAUUAAUUGCCGAAACCAUCGACUGGCACUCUGUCUCGCACAUCUAAUCAAGCGCUUCCCCCUCCUGCAGGACGUUGAUACGACACUUCUUUCUCUAUGGAAGUUGUUCGAAUUCUCACCACAGAAGCUGGCAGUGUUCAAGCACAUCCAGGCUGUUUAUGGGAAGGACCCACUUACUAUAACCAGGGCUGCGGCAACUAGAUGGCUGUCCCACCUUCAAGCAUCAGCUAGAUUUAUUUCAAGAUAUGUCUGUAUCCUUGAUACACUUGAUGCUAUCUAUGCUGAGAAGAGGGAACCUGAGAUCCGAGGCAUCAGGCAAAAUGUGACUGAUAAGAAUAUUGUAGCCACAGUCCUGCUCUUGUGCGACAUCCUAAAGCCAGUCAACAUGCUGUCACUGUAUCUUCAGGAAGAGAAUGUUAAUUUCACCUCCUUACCAGAACGUGUUAAGGUCACCAUUGAUUCGCUAACUUCCCUGGUAGCAAUCUAUCGUCGGUAUUCUGGCAAUUUGGUCAACAGCGAAACAGAGUUUGCCAAGUGUGAUCAACUGUUCCUCGAGAUAGAUGAUCGAACUGCCCUUGAAAGGCGGAUGAGGCAGAACAAUCUGGACCUAACACCUGAUGCAUUUCUUGAAGAGACCGGUAUACCACUGGUGUACGAACUUGUGCAAGAAAUUGAAGAUGCCUUCAACCAUGGAGAUCCAGUAUUAAAUGCCUUUGGGUUUUUCAAUCCACAGAACCUACCAGAGAAUGUGUCUGACCUACCUGAAUAUGGGAAUGCAUCCAUUCAGAGGUUAGUAGCUUUCUAUGGAUCCCCAAAGACUGAUAUCUUCAAUGGUCACACCACCAAUGUGCCAGCCCUAAUGAAUCCAGUCCAGUUGGAGACAGAGCUGAAAAGUGUUAAAGUACAGUUAUACAUGCUUAGUGUUAUAGAUUUCAAGAUCUUCGAAAUGUUAAUGUAUACAUUACACAGCCAGGUUUAAGGCGGAAUGGUAAGACUACCCUACAGUCGGUGUACGAGUCGUUCAGGAACGAUGCAGUGUUGAGAGACUGCUUCCCUUGUACCAUGCGGUUACUGUACUUCUGCAUGAUAAUGCCCUCCUCAACUGCAGUUGUAGAGAGAAGUUUCUCCCUGAUGGCAAACAUCCACACCAAGAAGAGAAACAGACUUACCCAGGGUCAUCUGGAUGCCACUAUGAGAAUAUGCCACCUCAACAGACACCUCACAGAUGAGGAUCUGGAGAAAUUGGUUGACAAAUUCAAGGGCCAGA